GAAGUCAUGAGAUGAGAUUGUGUGUAUAUAAAAGCUUACGUCUGGAAGGAACAGCACAGUUCGACGAGAUGGCUCGACUUGCUAUAGCUGCGUUGGCUCUGGGCCUCUUCGCUUGCGCAUGCGCGGCGCCAGGAUACGGGGGCGGAAGUGGUAGCCUCGGAGGUGGAAGUGGCGGAGGCGGUGGUUUUGGAGGCGGCGGAGGCGGUGGCUUUGGAGGCGGCGGAGGCAAGGGCGGUUACGGCGGCGGUAGCCACGGAGGCGACAGCGGUGGUAGCCACGGAGGCGGUGGUAGUAGCCACGGAGGCGGUGGUGGUAGCCACGGAGGCGGCGGUGGUUUUGGCAGCGGCGGCGGUGGUGGUUCUGGAGGCGGCGGCGGUGGUAGCCACGGAGGCAGCGGUGGUUUUGGCAGCGGCGGCGGUAGUGGUCAUGGAGGCGGCAGUGGAUUUGGAGGAGGAAGCGGCGGCGGCAACGGUGGUGGCUUCGGUGGCGGCCACGGUGGCGGUGGCGGCGGCGGGGGCGGAGGCGGGCAUGGAGGUGGCGGAUAUGGUGGUCACAAAGGUGGAUAUGGACGUUAAUCUCCAUUGGAACACCGGCACACGAGAAACAUCCAAAAGCAUAAUGUGAUAUAAGAUAGAUUUUAUUGUUUUUCAUUUCUUACUCUAUUUUACGACUGUAUGUGUUUUUUCAAUAAAUAUAUAUAUUUUAAUAUACGA